AUGAUGCCCAUUCACCAGUCCAUCGAGGGCCAGCCUUCUCACAUGGGCCCUGGACUAAGCCCUCCUGCCGCCACUGCCGGCGAGAAUGGUGAGCGCCAGCAGAAACCCAAGACCCUGCCCUGCAAGUACUGCAGCAAGCGUUUUAGGCGUGUGGAGCAUGUUCAAAGGCACGAGCGCACUCACACCAAGGAGAAACCCUUCUCCUGCGGUUGGGCUCGUUGCGGGAAGACAUUCGGACGCCGGUGA